UGAAUGGCAUUUGAGGAGGUAAAGUUUAUAUAUAGCCUAUAGGUAAUUCGUCCAGCUGGUGGUCUGGUCUCCAUUUACAGUUUGAAUUAGUAGGAGUAGGAGAAAAUGGCGAUGGCCUUCAAGAUGGCGACCACCGGAAUGUGGGUGACGGAUGAGUGCAAGAGCUCCUUCAUGGACAUGAAGUGGAAGAAGGAGCACCGAUACAUUGUCUUCAAGAUCGACGAAGGAUCAAGGCUCGUCACCGUCGAUAAACUCGGCGGCCCCACUGAGGGCUACGAUGAUCUCACGGCCUCCUUGCCCUCCGAUGACUGCCGUUACGCUGUCUUCGACUUCGACUUCGUCACCGUUGAUAACUGCCGCAAGAGCAAGAUCUUCUUCAUUGCAUGGUCUCCAACCGCAUCAAGGAUUAGAGCAAAGAUUCUAUACGCAACCUCAAAGGAUGGGCUGAGAAGAGCGCUUGAUGGAAUCAGCUAUGAACUCCAGGCCACCGAUCCCACCGAGAUGGGCUUCGAUGUAAUUAGAGACAUAGCCAAAUAGUUUAUACUUUAUACUUAAUUUUUUCUUCACAUCUGUUUCCGUUUUAACUUUUAAUUCAGCAGCUCCCAUCGCAUAUCUUCUCUUUCCUCGUUUUCUAAAAUAGCUUUAUCGUCUACUUCACUGGCUGUGGCUGGCAUAUUCAAUAUUCAAUGUCAUGUGUAUGUAAGUGGGACAUGUAACCUUAAAAUCUUAAUAAUAUACAAUAUCUACUGUCGUUACCCCACCCCA